AUGGCGGUAGAUGCUGUUUCUACCGCGAAGUUGGUCGUCUACAUCAUCUUCGCACCGAUUGCUCUCUUUUGCUUUCUCAAGCACCGCAAACUCGGUCCUCUCGGAUGGUGGUACGUCAAUGUGUUCUGUGUGCUCCGACUAGUCACAGGCGCUAUCGGCAUACAUGGGAACAAAAAUGGCGAAGCCUAUACCAUCCUCAAUAGUAUCGGUAUUUCGCCUCUAAUGUUGGCAGUAUCUGGUCUUAUUGAUGAAGCGAAGCGUGCCACAAAUCCACGAUCGCAGUCCAAAUCUAACAUCUUAUUCGAGCUUGUUUUCCAUGGCAUAGUUAUAGCCGGGAUGGCUUUGGUUAUCGUCGCCAUCGUUCAUUUUGAAGAAAAUCAGGAUAUUUCUUCAAGUAAGACGGAACUGGAUGUCGGUUCGGCCAUUUCUUGUAUAGCUUAUGGUCUCCUGGUUUUCUGGGCUGUGCUGAGCUUCUUUCAAUCGCGCCUGCACUCCGAGAAUGUCAAACCAACUGUCGUCCGAUGUGGAAAAACAAUACUCCUUGCUUGCCUUGCUAGCCUGCCUCUCAUUGCGAUCCGCAUUGGUUGGGGUGUGGCCUACCUCGAGCUCAAGAUCCAUCACCCGAACUCUGGCUUCCUCACAUCCUUGGCCGUCAUGUCGCCAGGCGAGGAAAAUGAGUCAGAAAGAGAAGGAGGUGGUAGUGAAGGCGAUGGCGAACGAAGACGAUCGAGACAGCCGAUGCUCUUAACCCUUUGGGCACCCCCCGAGGACAUCGCUCUAGGAUACUUCCUCUUUGUCUUCUCCCAAAACGGCCCUUUCAACUUUUUACCUGGGUUUUUGCCCGCCCUGAUAGAGGACGAGGAGAUCAUGCAAGCCAUCUACGCACCAGCUCUGGCCGCUCUAGCCCUAUACUAUAGUUCCCCGAGAUUGCUACGCGAGGCUCGCUCCUACUACGCCACGACGUUGGGUCAAACGAACAAAGCCCUCAGCGACCCCCGCUUGGCUGUCCUCGACAAAACGCUCCUCAGUGUCCUCCUUCUCACUUCCUUCGAGGCCCUGACCUUCAGCGGCCGGAGUUCGCCUCGCAACUGGAACUCGCACGUCAAGGGUUCAACCAAUCUCCUCGUCUUGAGAGAAGCGGCGCAUAUCGAUACCGAGCUGGGCCGCCACCUUAUGUACCAUGCCAGCGUCGCCAUACUGGCCAACUGCACCACAUACCGCCUCCAUGUACCGGCGGCCUUCCGGCACCUGCAAGGACACGCUGUCUGGCCUCAAAGAGGGGCGACAGAAUCGCUGGGCAUUGACCACACAAGGCGCCACCUCAUCGGCCUCAUGAUGCGCUUUGCCACGAUGUCGGCUAGCAUGAACGGCAUGUUGGCGACAGAGCUCGUGACAAAGUGCGUCGAGAUCGACGCCGAGGCAGCGGCCUUGUUGGAUGUGCUACGAGAAUACAUGCCCUACCAAAUCAUCGACGUCACCACUGACAGUGAGGAACUACAAAAACUCACAAAGGGCACCGAGGUCUGCGCCUACAAUGGCAUAAUUCACAAUUAUCAGACGCGGCAGGAGUUACGCCUCUUCAACAGCAUACGGAUGAUACGACUCGUCCUCAACGAAUGGAUCUUCUGUGCCUUUGACCAUAGUCUCCGUGGCGUCAUUCUCGAUGAGCCGCAGCCGGGAACACUCUUGUCUGAGAAAUGGAACGAGUUGCCACAAGAGGCCUCUCUGCGUGCCGCCGAGCACAUCAAUGACAUAAUCGCCAGUGUCCCGUACUCUGUCGAGUUGUUGCCGUCCGCGUUCCGGAUGACGGCAAGGUCAUUGAUUUGGCCUCUAGCUGCGACAGCUGGUUCCGAAGUGUGCCCGUUGGAUGCUAAACUGUACAUUAUCGGAAGGCUGAAGGAGCUUGCACGUUUGCAUGAUUUCCCUCAAGCCAAGGAAGCAGCUACUAUGUUGGAGGAAGGUGUAGAUUUGGAAGACUGGUAA